AUAUCGGCGGUGGAAAGCUCCGAUAUUGGGUUCGUCUCAAUUGAGCUUCGCAACCACCCUACACACAAACAUCUUCUUUCAUCUACGCUCAUUCAAUCGCAUUUAUCCCGUCAUCGCGAUUAAGAGAGGCGAAAAUGCCUCCAUCGCGAUGUCUGCAUUUAACGCCCUUGCGUGGUGCCAUUGACAGCGCGUUAUGCUCGAGGGGUCCGCGAUGUCAAUCUUCCCUCGGUUCCGCACACUAUUUCUCGACCUCAUCAACCAACAGUUACCCAUCGCCGGGACCCGCUAAAGGCGUGAGAACUUUGCGACUGAAAAAGAAAGGCCCGCCACAGAAGGCAGCUAGACCGCCAGAACCGGGUGAAAGGAAAGCAUUCCGUAAACGUAUCGUGCUCAGCAACACCAAUGCCUUGCCCGUAAAAGCCAUCGCGCCUCUGAGCGCAGACGCAGUGAGCGUUGACAAAUCAGAGGUAUAUACACUGUCUCCAGACAUCAUAGAUCGAUUGCGCGCAGUAGAGGCAUUCAAGACAAAGCAGGGAUGGUCUUUUUUUCACACUCCCGCAGUCCUGAUGACCAAAGAAAGCAGGGCAUUAGGAAAGGAGAUGGACGGGAUCAGUGGGGAACAUCUGAAUGACCAAGAUGCGGAGAAUGCUUCCAGGAAGAUAGCAAUCAAGAAAUCGAGUAGGAAAGUCAUUGUGGGAGAGAAGGGAUCAGGAAAAUCGGUCCUGCUUCUGCAGGCGAUGUCGAUGGCCUUCCUUCGUGGAUGGGUUGUUAUCAAUCUUCCAGAUGGCCGCGAACUUGCGAGUAGUCAUACGGCCUUUAGUCCAAUUCAUGGCACCUCCCCAGUUCAAUACGCUCAGCCAGCCUACACCUCAAAACUACUCAAGCAAAUUCUGGAUGCUAAUGAAAAAGUUCUCCAGAAGCUUUUCAUCAGCGAAAAACCUAAAUUUCACCUCCCUAUAAAGGAGGGUAUGUCUCUUGCUGGUCUCCUAGAACUCGGCAUGAACGACCAGGAUCGUGCUUGGGCUGUCUUCCAAGUGUUCUGGCGUGAGCUUACAAAGACGAACUCAUCCAUCAAUGCUGCGGCUGGUGAACGCCCACCCGUGCUCCUGUGCUUGGAUAACAUGUCGCACGUGAUGACUGAAUCCCAAUACAAAGUCUUGAACGACGCUGGCAAAUUGACUUCUGUGCAUGCGCACGAUCUUGCCCUUGUCAAUCAUUUCGCUCAACAUUUAUCCGGCGCAGCCCAAUUUCCAAACGGCGGUAUGGUCCUAGCAGCAACUUCAGCAUCAGAUGGCGCAAAAGCUGAUGCCAUGUGUGUUGGUAUCUCCAUAGCCGAAACACGGCAGGCACUUACUUCAGGAACUCCAAUUCCUCCAGAAGCCAUAUCAAACUACUCAAAGCUGCAAUCCCUUUCCCCGGACAAAAAUCCCGAUCCUCUCGCACUCUCUAAUUUCCACUCUCCGUUCGUCCCCAUCGACGAACGUGUUCUCUAUACCUUGGAUAAAGCCGACGUUAUUCGGCUCGCAGGAUUAAACCACGCAGAUUCAACAACAUUGAUGAAGUAUUGGGCCAAGAGUGGUAUGUAUAGAGGCUCUGUCCUUCCUUGGAACGUGGACGAGGCGAGAGCGUUGAGUGGAGGCGCGAUAGUUGGAGAGCUAGAGAAGAAAGUCGUAAGGUAUUUACAGAGGGAACCGAUGGUGCUGGAGGGAGAGACAGGAGGGAAAAAGAUCAGGGUCCAUUGAUCUUCGUUCUUCGCAUAAAAGGGGAAAAUAGAAAUGUUACCUGUACAGUACUAUACAUUCUAUUGACGCAUAUGGUGCAAAAACAUAGGUAUGGAAAAUGUUCUAUUUACUCUUCAAGAAUUCUCCCUUCGCAGUUUCUCCAAGAUCAUAUCUUCGUGUGACGAAUAAAAAGAAACAAGUCAACAGCUAGAAUGGAC